CUCAAGACUCCUCCAAAUAUAAAACUCCGUACACAGACGACCUGCAGUCAACACAAGUACAGUACAAAAUGUCAAAUUAUGACUACAAAGCGCCGGAUCUGGCAUCCAUUCUUGCUGGUCUAGCAAGUCUCGCCCCUCAACCUCAGCCUCAACCACCACAAGCUCCACCUCCGCCUCAAGAAUCUGGUCCGUCUCAAGUUCCGGUCCCCUAUCAUCAAGCCCAAUCAACACAGCCAAAUCACCAAUACCAGCAAAUCCUGCAGCAACAACUCGAACAAGCGUCUAGAUCAAUCCAACCAGGUCCACCACCGGUUGCAGCUGUACCAAACCCUAUUGAUCCUGCUACCAUCACCGAGUGGUCCGCUGGAUUAAGAUGUGUGAUGAAGACCGUUGCCAGGCAUGAAAAUGUCAUGAAUGAUAUUCGGCGAAUGAUCAAGGUCCAGCAUGAACACGAGGAAGUACGUUUUCUCUGAUUUUAUCUGAAUUUCAUCACUCUUGCAUGUUAUGUCCAAGAGUGUUGAGACAAUCUUCGCCACUAAGAAGGUCAUUCAUGCUCAUACAACUUCUUUUCAAAUGGGAGGUAUUUAUUAACGUGAAAAUACUGACGUUGACAGCAAUGGUUCAAGGGACGCGAGGCACUUCUUGAGAGACAGGUAGCACGCAAAGAAGGGCAGAAGAAGCUUGACGAGGUCAUGUAAGAUAGCACCCAGAGCGGCAAACCUCUUAGCAAGCUAAUCGAAUCACAGGAAGGCAAUAGGCGGUGCCGUCUCUAGUAACACACCUACUAACACCACCGAAGAGCUGGCAAGAGAGCUUGAAACUUUUGAUAUGAAGGUUUACAAGGCCCAAAUGCAAAUGGCAAAAGAAAUGACCUCUAAACUGAGGAAUAUGGGGGUUCCUUUUUUUGGUACUCGAACUGAACUAAUCAGACCGAUGUCCCACGCAAAUACCGGACGCGGAGAUGCUUCCAAAGAGUCUGGUGGAAAAGCGCUGAUUGACGAGAUUGAGUUGGUCAAGCUUCAGAGGAAGAUGCUUGGCAUUCUGGAGGACUUGUGCAGUGACUAA